CCGCACCAUUGGUCCCGCCGCCGCCGCCCCCCUGUGCUUCCGGCGAGGUUCCCGUGAUCACGCUUCUUCCUCUCUCCUCGGCGAUCGCAGUCCCGAGCGAGCGCCGGCGAAUCGGGUUCUUCGCGCCCGAGCGCAUCGGGACAUGGAGGCCAUCAAGAAGCAGGCCAGCAAGCUGCGGGAGCAAGUCGCCAAGCAGCAGCAGGCAAUAUUGAAACAACUGGGGCACUUUGAUGCUGAAGCACUAACGGUUGAUGAGGACGAGCUUCAGUGUUACCGGCAACUUCAGAAUCUAUACAAUUCGACCAGGGUAGCCAAGCAUCUACAGAGGAAUAUUGUUCGAGGCGUCGAAGGUUUCAUAUCCAUAAGCUCAAAGCAAAUGGAGAUAGUAAGAAAGUUGGCUGAUGACUGCUGCAAUUAUGGAGUUGAGAAACAGGGCUCUGGUUCUGCUCUUGCAAGAGCUGCUCUUUCAUUCGGUACUUCGCACAAUUCGAUGGAAAGCGAGCGAAAGAACUUGCUUGGAACCCUAGGUGAUCAGGUUUCCGAGCCUCUACGGGUAGUUAUAAACGGAGCUCCUUUGGAAGAUGCACGUCACUUGACUCGCCGCUAUGACAAGCUCCGGCAAGAGGUGGAGAACCAGGCAGCUGAAGUUCUGAGAAGGGGAUCGAGAUCUAGGGAUUCGGCUCAAUCUGCAGAAAGUUCCCUGAAGCUUAAAAGCGCAGAAGCAAGAUUGACUGAGCUUAAAUCAGCUAUGAUGGCACUCGGUAGAGAAGCAACUGAUGCUAUGUUAUCAGUUGAGGAUCAACAGCAGCAGAUCACUUUCCAGCGCCUCCUUAAAAUGGUGGAUGCAGAGAGAGAUUAUCAUCGAAGAGUUGUUGCCAUCUUAGAGAAGUUACACUCUGAGAUGAUAGAGGAAGAGCAAUCAAGUGAGCCUUCAGUGACAUCAACGACGAUGCAGCCAGAUGGGGAAGUUCCACUUGCUCAUGAGGAUGCCAAAUCAAGCAUAUCAGAUGAUCAUGGGCACAUUGAUCAGUACGAUAGCUACUUCAUUGGAAAAGUCAUACACCCAUUUGAUGCCGAGGCAGAAGGAGAGUUGAGUCUAUCUGUUGAUGAUUAUGUCAUUGUUCGGCAGGUUGCUCCCAACGGAUGGUCGGAAGGCGAAUCUAAUGGAAAUGCUGGAUGGUUCCCUUCUGCUUACGUAGAACGCCAAGAGAAAGCACCAGCUAAAAGGGUACUGGACACGACAAGCUCGAGAAUCUGAAGCAAAAAUCAAUCUUGUGAAUUAGAAUCCGGAGGAAAUAUGUUGGUGCCCUUUUUUACUUUGUAUCAUAUGGUGCCUCGUUAUUGUCGAGUGUUGGCCGAAUAAAUCGUUCUUUCAUUUUGUAAAUUAUUUUAUUUGGUGAAUAAAGUUGUUACCCAGUUGGUUC